CAUGUAUGGCUCUUCCUGUGUUAGUCUCGUUUCAGCUCAUGGUUUCGAGAAUUUGGAAAUUUCGCCAUGAUGGCGCCAAAUGAGUUUGCUAAUGUGUGGUAGUAUAAUUUUUGUACGAAGCAGAUGAAAUCGACAAAGAAAUAGUGGUGACUGACAGUCAUCCAACAUAAAAUCAGAAGGGCAGUCAACUGCAGAUACUGCAAAUGCCUGGAACAUUGAGUGUGUUUCACAAUGUCACCAAAUAAAACUAAAAAGGGAGCAGUGGCUAUCCAGGAGUCAAGCCCAGAACCUGGACCUUCAGCACUGAAACGCCAGAGGUCCAAAAUGAGCAGUGAGGAUGAGGAUGAACCAAUUCCACGAAAAGGGGCAUCCAAGGCAACAUCCAGCAAGUAUGGCUCACAUCACAUGCGAAGUCCUAGCUUUGGUUCUCACAACAAACCAGCUGAGCUGUUCCGGAAAGACCUGAUCAGCGCAAUGAAGUUGGCGGACUCUGAGCCCCUGCAGGAAGGAUCAUAUUUCCUCAUUUCUGACCCCUGGAAGCAGGAAUGGGAGAAGGGUGUGCAAGUGCCAGUAAACAUGUCAGACAUUGUGCAGGCAGAUAUCAAGGAAAUUCGUGAGAAGAGCAAACUUGGAGACUUCAAAAUUCCUCACAAGCUUUUGCGUGAGAGAGCAGAUAGUCAGUACAAGAAAGGACUCCAUGAAUUAACUGGCAUGCCACAGUUGGCUGAACUUCUUGUUCGCUAUGACUUAGAUGAUCUGGAUGUUUGCUGGCUGGAAGAAGUUAAUUUUACUCGACAGGAACUUGGUCUGUCACAGAUAAAUGAGUGGAACAUGGAGCGGGUUAUGGAGGAACUAGAAAAUCAGUGCCAUGAGAAGAUGACAGCUGUCAUGAAAACAGAGGAAGGUCUGGGCAUAGAAUAUGAUGAAGAUGUCGUGUGUGAUGUGUGUCGGUCGCCAGAGAGUGAAGAUACCAAUGAGAUGGUCUUUUGUGAUGGAUGUGACAUAUGUAUUCACCAGGCCUGUUAUGGGAUUCAAUCCAUUCCAGAAGGAAGCUGGCUUUGCCGCACCUGUGCUCUUGGAAUCAAGCCACGCUGUAUCUUAUGUCCAAAGACAGGUGGUGCCAUGAAAAGCACAAGGAGCGGAACAAAGUGGGCGCAUGUGAGCUGUGCCUUGUGGAUUCCUGAAGUCAGCAUUGGCGUCCCUGAAAAGAUGGAGCCCAUCACAAAAAUCUCUAACAUACCUCCAAGUCGGUGGGGCUUAUGCUGUAAUCUGUGCAAAGAGAGAGUUGGAGCAUGCAUCCAAUGUUCGGUGAAAACUUGCAAGACAGCAUUUCAUGUUACAUGUGGAUUUCAAAAUGGUUUGGAAAUGAAAACUGUCUUGGAUGAGAAUGAUGAAGCUGAUGGUGUCAAGCUCAAGGCCUACUGCACCAAGCACACAAAGAAACGUGAAAGAGGGCAGUCAGAGUCAGAUUUGGACUCGCCACGAAAGGAGGGACCACCAACAUCUAAAAAAGAACUAACACAGCAGGAGAAGGCCAAUCUGCGUGCCAAGAAGCUGAAACAGCUGGAAGAAGAGUUCUACAAAGUUGUCGAUGUCGCAGAUGUGGCCCGGGUACUUCAGCUGGAUGAGGAGAUAGUUGAUCUCAUCUAUGUGUACUGGAAACUCAAACGAAAGAGUAACUGGGACAGACCACUGUUAACACCUAGAAGAGAAGAGGCAGAAAUGUUGGAGAAGCAGCAGGAAGAUAGCCUGGUGGCUCGUAUGAAAAUGUUCGUACACCUGCGGCAAGACCUGGAGCGAGUUCGUAACUUGUGCUAUAUGAUUGGAAAGAGGGAGAAGAUGAAACGUCAGUUUUUCCGCUACAAGGAGUAUGUCUUCGCUGGCAUGGUUCGAGUCCUACUUGACAAGCACAUUAACCUUUCUGACAGUGAUGUUGAAGGCAUCACAUCUAAUUAUCAUUUUGACUCCAUUUAUGAUGACUAUGGGCACUCCUUUCCUCAGCUCAUGGACUACCAGUCGGCUGAAGAGACAACAGAAGGGGAUGACAGCACUCUUAAGACCCCUGGCAAAGGAAGGGUGAUUGAAGAUAUUGCUGAAAGUGGAGAUGACUCUGCUCAGCAAGAUGUGGGCGUGCUGACUUCAGACGUCAACACAAAGAUGGAUGAAGAGUCCUUGAGGAUGUUGGCACGAGGAGAGCGGUGGUCAGGCGAGUUUGUUAGGACAGGUUUUUUCAAGCGACGAAGGCACAGGAAAUGGAUUCGUGGACCUUUUGGGUCUGUGUCAAAAUUAAGUGCUAAAUGUGAAAGUCAGUGUGAAGUAAAGGCUGGUACUAUAGAGGCAGAAACAACUGACAAGGAAGAUAGUACUCAUGCUGUCAGUGCUGAUGAGUCAGAAAUAGAUAAUCCAGUCAUAGUGAAGAAAGAAAUUUUGGAUCAAGGAGCAAACAAAGGCAAGAACAGUGAAGGUAACUUGCCUCCGAUUCCUAAAAUUGUUGUUGUUUCACCUAAAGGGAAAAUAACAGAAAAACUCAGAAUCCGUAGGAAGAAGCGACAAAGGGGCAGAAAGCCUUGGCAUGUGAAGAAAUUUCACCAUGCUGAAAUAGCUGCCAAAAUUGGGCUUGUGGGUGAUGAAGAAUUAAAAGAAAUGGGUUGUGAAGAAGUCAGAGAUGUGGGAGGAACAACGAAUGAUGCAAGUGAGUGUGAAGAGACGAUAGUGACGGCAGGAGAUGCACAGGCUGUUGCUGUUGAAAUUGUUGUCAGCACAGAACGUGACAGUGACAACCUAGGUGAAAAUGUGGAGUCCAUGACUGAUCCUGAACCUGAGUGCCCAGUAGUUUCUCUACCUGCAGGUUCUUUUGAAGCUGCUUCUGAAAGCAAACAGAGUAGAAGAGAGAGGUCACGUCACAGGAAACGCAUUGCCAGGUCUAACAGAGCUCGGGCAACUUGUGAAGAUCCCAGCAUAAAGGUUCAGCCUGAUGAAGGUGGUCUUUCAGUGCAAGCCAGAGUGUUUGAUAUAGAAAAGUAUCCUGGCAAGAAGAGGAAAGUAGAUGCUGUGUUUAUGGAAGGAAAAAAAGAGCAAAAUGAUCAAUUGGAACUGGCUGAAAAAGAAUUAGCACCAGAUGUCAAAGUAGAAUAUUCCAUUUCUUCACGACAACGAAGAAAAACUCUCCAUCAGACAAGGCUAAACAUGAACAAGGCUCUCUCGGCAUUGGCUGAAUCAUCAGAUGAUGAUUUUGUGUCCCCAAAAUUGAUGGUAUCUACAAACUUUGCUAGAAGACGCAGUCAUAUCAAACAAGAGAGGAGACAGUCAGUGCAAGAUCUCAAACAAUCUGAUGAUGAAAGCAGCAAAGAUGAAGAGAAGAAAGAGAGAGAAGAAAAGGAGGAUGCAGAGGAGGGCCUGUCUGAUGGGAUAAAUGCUGUUUUGCUCUGUAAUCCCCAGCAACCAGCUGAUGGAAUAACUGACCAAACCUUGCCAAGAUUGCGCACAGCCAGCAUUCGACCUGAGCUCAAUGGUUUGCUGCGAAAAUCUAAACUUACUGUCAAAGAGUCUGUGAAAGAAAAAGUGCAGAAUAGACUUUUAAAGUCGCGGCACAGGUGGAGAACAAAUAGUAAUGGCUUGCACAAUGGCUCACAAAUAAAAAUUGACGAUUUCUGCAGUGUUGACAAGAACCAGGACUCCUCAGAGAUUAUCAAGAAGCAGGUGUCAAAAAACAGAGUUCUUCAUGAAAUGAACCCUGAGAGAGGUUAUGGUGCAGAGAAAAAUAUAUUUGGUGCCCACUAUACUCCUAAAGGAAGCCUCAGUGGCUACAAAAUUCCAAAAAGGACAAGCCAGUCAAGUCUGCCCACAACCCCAACAAGUCCCUUGCAGAGUGCACCAUCUUUAGGAUGUGUAGGGAUUGUAGAACGUGCUUGUAUAGAACUUAGUCCUGAUCUCCAGCCCACGCGACGUAGACUGGAUAACAGGUUAGAGGGCAAGUCAUCAGUGAAGAAAGUGUUUCAUUCUUUAGAUGUUGAAACUACAGCAAGCAGCAUGGCAAGGCCAUGGUGACUCUAAUCAUUUCACCUUGGAGACAGUCAGCAAUUGCCAUGGUUACCGUACCAACAACUCACCACUGUCAAGUGAGGGGAGUAAUGGAAAUCAUGCUUUGCAGUCUGAUUCACGAGAAAGUACUCCACGGCGUGUUACACGUAGCCAGUUGACUGACGACUUAGGGGAAAAUGCUCCAUCUUCUCCACGGACAUUACUGAACAGUGGAGGUGGGAGUGGAGGCAGCAGUGCAAAAAUGCGGCUCAAAGAAAGCUGGCUGAGGGCAGCUCAUUUCUCCACAUGAUGGUCUUGGUGCUGGUGACUGUAGACAGAGAGGGGGAGGCAGAGGAGGACAGUGGAAUGUGGCUAAUAUAAAGGUGUUUGUGGGUGUGUUGUGCACAUGUACCGUACAGGUGAAUGUGUAACUAAUGUAAAGAUGUUUGUGGAUGUGUUGUGCACAUGUACCGUACAGGUGAAUGUGUAACUAAUGUAAAGAUGUUUGUGGAUGUGUUGUGCACAUGUACUGUACAGGUGAAUGUGUAACUAAUGUAAAGAUGUUUGUAGAUGUGUUGUGCACAUGUACUGUACAGGGGAAUGUGUGACUAAUGUAAAGAUGUUUGUGGAUGUGUUGUGCUCAAAUACAGUGUGAUGUGUGAAGCCGCUGUUGGGAGUAUGAACAGAUUUUAAAAAUCCAUCAUUUGCAAAUAUUUGAGAUCUAUUAGACAUUGCAUUUCAUGAAUAUAUAUUUGCACAGACUGAAGGUUACGAUGUUGAUUAUAAGUCUCAUGAUUAUGAUAAAAACAGGUUGAGAUGUUAAAACCAAGAUGUAAAUUAUGGUUUAUUCGCUGUGAUACAUAAAGUCACAAUUGUGUAGAUAACAUAGAUAUAAUACAGGCUGUGUGCGUGCGUGUUUGAGCACUCACCAGAAGGGCACAUUUAAGUUGAAUGGACGGAAUAAAUGAGUUGGAAUGGUAUUUAGGCAUAACAUGCAUUCUUUCCCUUGAUCAUAGUAAAUCAUGAAGGGCAUGAUGUUGGUUUGAUAUGUCACCCAGCUUUUCUUUAAAUGAGAAUAUGCUCCACUUACCAGACAAACCUCUCUUUCAUCCCAGGCAGCAUGUUAAUUUAUUCAAGAGCCACUGCUUUAUUUUAUAUCUCAUGUAGGUUCUUUUUCACCUCACGUAAUCUAUAGGCUAUCUUAUGCAUGUCUUUUUUGAUUCAACAUCUAAGUAAGAGUGAACUUCACAAUUGCAAAUAGUGAAGAACUAUACUAACUGAAUUCCAGAGUUGUGUUUUUUUUUAAAUGUUGAGUGUUAAAAAGGAAACAAACCCCAUCUGAUUUGCAAUCCACACACUUGAUCAUCUCCAUUUCAUGCCUGGCUGCAGGCAUGUACCACCAUUUUAAAUAAGGAUGUAAACUUAGAAGUGGCAUUUUAUGCCUUUAUAAAGUGACUGUCAAUAGAGUAGGAAAAUGUUCAUUUUAAUCCUGGAAUUUAUCAGUGAUAGUGCCAAAAUAUAAAACUUUGUAUUAAAAACUGUGCCAUAUGUAUACAGUAUAAUGAACCGCAUUCUGAUAUUUAUUGAUCCAGACGAACUCUCAGAUUUGUGAUUAGCUCAGCAGCAAGUACGGUAACUUUGUGUAAAUAUAAAUAAUAUAAAAUAAAUAGCACAUUUGAAUGACGCUCUUUUCCAGCAUCAGCCAGACUCAUGGCAUUUAAAAUAUAAACUUAUAAGAAUAAUAAUCGUCACAAAACAAAAGAGUUCGUUGUGUUUUUCAAGGUGAAUGCCAUUGGCAUAGAUGCAGUUACUACAGCUCAGUUAUGCUACCAGCUGUAGCUGUGAUUUGUAGAUGAAGCAGGAGGCAGGAUUGUAGACAAAAGAGAUCAGAGAAUAUGCUGCCUAACAUGUAAUGUUGCAGUAGUUAAAGAACAGUGGCAUGUAACCCAGCCUGCUUCGCUGUCACGUGAGAAACAUUCAGGAGGUAUUGCUGGUGAAUGGAACUGUGUUGCUAAUUAAUGCUUCUUCAUAAAAAGUAAUCUGCAACCCUUUAACAAAGCCAGUAAUAGUGGUUACCUAUAGUUGUUGUAGCCUUGCAUCAACAGUUGUGGGGGGACUCUAGACAGUUCUGUUUAAAGCCAUUAGAAUCAGUAUAUGCCUUGUAAGCUCCAGGAUUUUAUGUAGUUGGCAAUAUUCACCAGCAAAUGACCCAAACUUAAGUCAAAACAUUUGUUUUUGUAGCUGUAUGGGUUGUGGUAGGUAUCCAGAGAAUGGGUUCUGUUGUUUUGUGCAAGGCUGAUGACUUGUAUUUCUUUGCAGGCUCCUUAUUUUUGCGUUUCCUGUGUUUCUUUAACAAAUCAUGUGAAUAGUAUAUAUUCAACCUAUCAUGAUGUAAUUUAUGUUUUACAAAGCAGGCCAGUGAAUUUUUUCAGUUUAGCAUAUUUUCAAAGAUAUAUGUUGGCUUUCUAGACAGAGUAAUCAAGUGACAUGAUCUGUUUUCAUACAAAAACAUCUCUGAUAGAAUGAAGCUACAAACACCAUGCAGUGCACUAGCUUCCAGUUUAUCUACCUGUAUUGAAAUGGUGUCAGAAUCAGAACUUGACUGUACCUCCCAAUUCUCAUUUAAAUAAAAACAUCAAAAAUUAAAGACACUGUCAAAAAUGCAGUCUAUGGGAUUACUUUCCCCAUGCUUUAAUGGUAGAAGCUGACAUAGUCCCAUGCUUGUACAUAUAGGAUGAACUUAUCCGUCUUUACGCAUGCUCAAUUUCAUUCUUUGUUCUCAUUUCUGAAGUUACAUUUGACAUUUCUAAGGUUUUAGCAUGACAGCUAGGUUGCAUACGUUCAUAAUGCAUCUAAUGAGAGCUUGUAUGGAGUUGGACGCUACAUAAUCUGUGUGUAAUGUGCCAUCUGUAUAAAGUCACUUUUUCUGUUUGAAUUGGUGUCACAUUCUGAAAGUGCUUUCCACCUGAGAAAUUACCAGCCUUUCUCACAAAAUGGCCCUUUUGCUACCACUGGCAUGUUUAAACUGUUUUAAAUGAUAAUUUUCCAAGUGUUGUAAGAUAGUUAACUAGGAGUGUUAACACCAAACAUAAUACAAUGGCUUUUGAUGGAUUUUCUAGGAAACCUUUGUUAGAAAAUGUUUUUGUUUUUUUUUCCCUAAAAACAGCACAGUAUCUGAUUAGAAAAUGCCUUACAAACAUGCUUUCUGCUGUUGUCUUGGUGCACAGUAUAAUACAUUUAUUAAAGUAAUUUGAUAGUAAAUGGGAGAAAGGGUACAACAGCCGAUUUUCUUCUCUGAAUGUAGAUUGCCAUAAAAAAUUGCUAAACAGAAUCGUAGUCACAGAAUAUUAGGAUGCGUUAGAGGGUUUGCACAUGACCAUGUAUGUUCACUUCCAUGCACGUGUAAUUAACAUACACAUACGCCAGUAGUGUACAAAUUGCCUUGCCAAUCCAUUUCUGAGGCAUCUCUGUUUUGCCUGUUAUGAACUAUUUUGGCCAAUUUAAAUUGCUUUUCUGCAUUAUUCUGGGAACUUUCUGCAAUCUGUUGCAUGUGGCUAAACCAAACAUUAAAAAGCUACGUGCACUGUUAAGAGUAUUGAGUGAUUCUUGGAGCUACCUUUGCGCUCAUUCGCUGCAUCCCUUAGUUGAUAUCCAGUGAUGUUUGUCAUGGUGAACUGGUAUUUGGCUUUGGAGAAAGCUCUUUAAAAAAAAAAAAAUCUGAAGUUUUUUUUUAAAGAGCAAAAUGAGUUCUUAUUAUCCUAGUGGUUAUGCCAGAUUACGACUAAUUUUGUCACUUUCUGAUUUGCCUCCUUAGUUUAGUUUAUUCCAUGUUGCUCCUCGAGGAGCAUUGGGCCGCAACACCAUCUUGCCAAUGGACCUGGUUUUGGGCAGCCCUCUUCAGUUGCACCCGUGUGGUUCUGAAAUCCUUUGCCUCGCCCUCUAUUGUUCUUUUCCAAGUCUGCUUUGGUCUCUCCCAACUCUCCUCUUCCCUUCAGGGUUCCAGUCAAGUGCCUACGUAACAAUGAUGUCAGCUGGUUUGCACUUGUUUCAAGAUCCAUUUGCGCUUUUUGAUGUCUUGACUAAUGAUAGUCUGGUUGGUUCUUUUCCACAAGCUGCUGUUGGAGAUCUUUUUAGGCCAUGGCAUAGGCAUUGGUUGGUAAAUUCAUUAUGAAAGCUUUUGUGAGUUUGCCGUUGUGGGCAACUUCGCAGGAUGAGUCUUCCUACAACCCCUGGAUAAUGUUUAUGAGCUUAAACAGAAUACCAUAGUGAAUCGUCAGCCUCUAGAUGACAUUCCUGUCUACACUGUCAAAGGCCUUCUUAAAGUUCUAUAAAUUGUAUUUGUCUACCAGCAAGUAGUCUUAUGUGAUGCUGGUUUACCAUGCAGUUCUGUGCAACAUAGCUGCCAAGUGCUUUUUCUCCUGUUAUCAUUUGUAAAUUUUUUAAAAGCAUGGCUGGGUAGAUGCACGUUGUUUUUCAAAUAAAACUAGACAUUGUACACUAUUCAAGUGGUCUGCUGUGCUGAGGUUGGAUUGAGUAGUGAACCCAAAAGACUGGCAUGUCUUGUUGGAGAAGACUGGUGCACUCCAUCCAGGAAAGGAAGGCGGCUUCUUUGGGCUCCCAAGUAGAGUAUGUAUGGUAGCCUUAAUCAUUAGAGGUGCCUCUCAUGUGCAUAGUUUUAUUUAUUUUAAUAUUGAUGACUACAUUAGAACAGCCGUAUUUAAAUUGAGUAAUUGCUUGUUGUCUGUUUCCCUGUAAAAGACCCACUAGACUGAGUACCUGACUGAAUGGCAAUUGGUACUAAGUUUUCAUGUGUUCAGCAGACCACAACAGCUCUACAUUGUGGAACUGCCAGUUAAAAAGAAAAAUGUGCAGUUAUAGAAGUUCAAAAAAAUUUUUUUUUUUACUCCAAGUGUAUGUAUAUGAGCAUGUUUUGAAGUGAGAACUAUAAUGACUGGUGCAUUUGGCUCCAAUAGGCAGCAGACUGUGAAAUACAACUACCAUUGUAACAUACUCACUUUAUAUUUAUGCUGUCAUGAUUGACAUUUGACAAUUUCAUGUGUGAUUCCUGUUAUCCCACCAGUCUUGCUUCAGUUUCUAAAUUGCAGUGCUGGAGUUACAGACAUCAUUUAAGACCAGAGCCUGCAUCUGACUACUUUUGACAAUUUGUUCACUCAUUUUGCUGUUCACUCCCAACUCCCUGGUGAUUUUUCCAACAAAAUAAUUCUUAUAAUAUUGAAGCUGUAUACAGAGAGCUUCAAAUCUUAAGAACAGCAACAGAAGUUGCAGAUACUGAUGUUCCUUCUAAAAUAAGCUUUUUUUUUUAUUACCUGUUAGAUAAAGUAAAUUAUUUGAAAUCAUGGGCUAAACUGUAUGAAGUCAGAUUUAGUAUUAACCCCAAGUUUUUUUUGGCUUAACUUCCAAAAACUGCUGUUUGUUGGUGUGCAUGUGAGCUUUUACAAACAAAAUUUAGUCCCUGGUCUCAAGGGGCUGUUCAAACCAAACUUAUCUAUUUCAACCUGUAGUUGAGACUGUGAUUAUAAGACUUAUUUUCAAGAAUUCACAUGCAACCCAGCCUUAGAAAUAUUUUGCUGAGCCAUUUUAAAUGGUCCACUUAAAUUUGACAGAAAAAAAGGAAGCAUUGUGUGGAGUUGCAUUUUUAAUUGUUCAUCUGUGAGUGAGCGAGUGACAGUUGGUUAACUUUUGUAUACAUUCUGUACAAAGUAGGCGAGAAUAAAAUGACUACCACAAAAA